AUGGCUCGAGUCGCAGCUAAAAACAUUGUUGGUAAAGCCAUCGGCCCCAUUGGCUAUGGCCUCAUGGGCUUUUGUCGUCCUUGGGCCCCGGUUGAGUACUCCGUUGCCACAGAAGUCAUGAAAACCGCGUUAGAACAAGGCUCGACAUUCUGGAACGCAGGACUCCACUACGGAACCCCAACCGCAAAUUCCCUACACCUGCUCAAGUACUACUUCACGCAGUACCCUGAAGACGCCGACAAAGUUGUACUUAGUAUCAAAGGAGCCUACAAUGUCGCAACCCAUACCCCUGACUGUAGCCCGGAGGGCAUCCGAGCCUCGGUGGACCAAGCCCUCGCCAUCCUCGACGGGGCCAAGAAGAUCGAUGUCUUCGAGUGUGCCCGUGUCGACCCCAACGUGCCCCUUGAAACUAGCAUUGGGACGCUUGCUCAGCUUGUUAAAGAGGGUAAGAUCGGAGGAAUUGGGAUUAGCGAGGCCAGUGCGGCGACGAUACGCCGUGCGCAUGCCGUCCAUCCCAUUGCCGCGGCGGAGAUAGAGCUCAGCUUGUUCACGACGGAACCGUUGCAUAAUGGGAUUGCUGAGACUUGUCAUGAGUUAAACAUCCCCCUCAUCGCAUACAGCCCCCUCGGCCGCGGCUGGCUCACAGGGCAGAUCCGGAAAUACUCAGACUUGGCUGAGACAGAUAUGCGUCGAAUGCUCCCCCGUUUCCAACCUGAUGUGUUUGAUAAUAACUUCAAGGUUGUUGAAGCGGUGGAGGCUAUUGCGCAGCGGAAGAAUGCCACCGUUGCCCAGGUGGCGAUUGGGUGGGUUCGUGCUCAGGGAGCGAUUCCAAUUCCUGGUGCUACGACUGAGGGCAGGGUUUUAGAGAACUAUCGGGAUAUCAUUUUGUCUGCGGACGAGUUGGAGGAGAUUGAGAAGGGGCUUCAAUCGCUGUCUGUUCUAGGAGACCGCUAUGGCGGGAGGCAUGAGAAGUUGCUUAAUUUGUAG